GAGCUGGAAGGUGAAACUGCCUAAUAUGGCCCAAUCCCAGGCACUGUGGUUAUGUCAUCAGCUAGUGGUUUACAAUGUAAUUCACUGUUGACCUGGCUAGUGUAAGAGAAUGUGUGACGAGGAGACUGUGUUUGUGUAGGCCUGUCAGUGUGAACGCUGGCCUUGCAUCCACCGUUUAGUGUGUGAGGUUGGUCAGUUAGUUGGAUCUCUGUAAACUGGUGUGACUCCAACCCAGAGCAGAUGAUGUCAUCAGAGUUCCUGUUCUGUGGUUGGCUGCAGCAGUUGCUGGUGUUGCUGCUGAAGCUCACCCUAUCCGGUGCCAUACCAACAAAUGGGACAGAUUGCACGGCUAGAGGUCCCGCCUCCUAUAUCCUGGUCUUCACAGGCCAGUGGAGCCCUCAGACUUUCCCAAAACAGUACCCACUGUUCCGUCCCCCUGCACAGUGGUCCAAGCUUAUAGCCAUCACCCAUAACGGGCAGCACCGGCUGUUCCAGGAGGGUGCUCUGGCCAGUGUGGGGCUGCAGAACUUUGCUGAGGUGGGGGUGACGGUGGAGCUGGUGAAAGGAGCCAAGGAGGCCAGGAAGAGACGGGCGGUCGGCGCCAUGUACAGAACGGCGGGCAUCCCCACUGGCAUCGGGCACAGCUCCACAGAACUGCUGCUUCAAACACGGAGUCCACUGCUUUCUCUGAUGGUGAAGAUGAUUCCUAGUCCUGAUUGGUUUGUGGGGGUGGACAGUCUUAACCUCUGUGAGGGUGGCCAGUGGAAACAGGAAGUGACCCUUGACCUCCAGCCUUUUGACGCAGGAACGGACAGCGGCUUCACUUUCUCCUCACCCAACUACCCCACGGUCCCCCAGGAAAACAUCACACGGAUAACUUCCCAGAUGCCCAACCACCCAGCCAACUCUUUCUACUAUCCCCGUCUUACUGAGCUCCCACCCAUAGCCUCCAUACAGCUAACCAGACAGAGCCGCUCACCUGCUCAUCAAACUCCCUUGUCCAAUCACAUCCUUCCUCACCCUAUCAACCCUCUCAGCACACGGCGCUUUUCAGAAACCCCGUUGGACUGUGAGGUGUCCAUGUGGUCAUCCUGGGGCCUAUGUCUGGGUCCCUGCUCCAGGGGAGGGGUCCGUCACCGUACCCGAUACAUCCUCCUGCGACCAGCUAACUCUGGAACCCCCUGUCCUGAGUUGGAAGAGCAGAGCGAGUGCACACCACGCAACUGCUUGAAGCACCACUGACCCCCGACCAGAGUAGGGUGAAGUAGUCCCAAGACACUGGUCUAAAGUCAGUUUUAGUUUUUGGCCAGUAGGUUUAGGAUCACGUUGGGGACAGUAAGCUGAUCCUAGAUCUGGUUGGAGCCACGCUCCUGCGUGUCUCCAUGGUAACACUGGGACUCAUCCUGUAUAUUUUAGCCGGAUUCUGAAAAGGAGCCAAAAAAAGACCACAAUGAUGCAAUAAGUCGACUCUUUUACUGAAGAAAACCAAUCUCUAGACCCGGCGUGGUCUUGGUAUGAAAGUCUCUGCCAACCCAAAUAAACUCCAGGACUUACAAUGACAAACACAAUUGUGGACUGUUGACAGCAGAGCAAGCUGACAUUGUCAGUGGACAUGAUGAGAGGCCGACAACUAUGUAUCAUGUUUUCUUUGGUGUGCACACAUGCAUUCUUUGGUCCAGACACACACAUGCACAGAAAGUCCUUGCACAUAAAUAAUACACUCUCUCUUUUGUGGACACUGGGGCAUUGAUUUACAUGGGAAUCCUAUACGAUGCUAAGCGCUUAGCUAUCAUUCAACAUAACCACACAGGCAUAUUUAUAAAUACCCCUUUUGCUAGGCACAACUGAUGACUAACUAUAGGCUGGUACCCAAUGUCAGAAACCCCUAGCCAAUUUGGAGUAGGGGGGGGGGGGGUUAUAAAUAAAAAAGGGAAACUGUUUUAUCAAAUAUAUAAGUAUAUGUAUACAGCGUAUGUUUUCAUUUCUUUACAUUUGUAGGAUACAUUUUGUAUAUAGUGUUUUGUUGUACUGUUGUAUCUCAUGCUGAAAUAAAUGUGGAGGUGUUUCUGUAAAUAGAAAUGUCAGUGUUCUUUGGCUUCUGCCAAUGCCAACAUAUUAGUCCAAAUGUUAAACUGCUGUCACAGUGAAGAACGCCCUUGAAUGAUGUCUAAUAGGAGGUCCAGUCAUUCAAAAUGACAUCAACAUAUUUCUGGCUUGUAUGCCAGAGUGUAAUUUUAACAGGAUUGACACUCUUGUAUUGGUCUGGCCAAGGCCUUUACCUACAUAAAUAAAUGUAUGGAGUUCUAUGUAUAUAAUUCAGUGACAUGGACAUUGAUAUGGUAGAUUAUGUCAUAUCAACAGAAAUAAAAGAGGGCAAAGCACUAAACUCCUAACCCAUUGGUCCUCAUAAGUCUCCCAGACAUGCCAGAUUCUAUGCAAUUAGUGAUCCAAAAAUGUAAUCCAUAUGGCUUCCAAUGGAUUUUAUUUUCUCAGUCACAAUGGUUUCAGAUGUGGAAAUACCGUGCAUUAUCUAUAGUAAUGUUAAAACAUUUACUCAUGUUCCAAACACCAGUAUUUAGUAUAUAUUAGCCACAAUAUCUGCUGGUUAUAUCCUAGCCUCAAAAAAUAUUGGUUAUUCCUCAGCCUAAGUACAGCUCCAGAAGAAAUUAAGAGACCACUGCACCUUUUUCUUUCC